AUGAAGUAUUAUUUGGUUUCAUCAUUAUUGACUUUGUCCACUACUGUAUUUGCUGCUGUGAGGCCUGUGCGCUUAUACGCUACUUCAGAGGACAUAAGCUUUAAUGGCAGGGGAUUGUACUCUAUUCAUGAAGGUGCAGGUAUCAACUAUUUGUUUCUUGGUGCUCCACAAUUACUUCAAUACAAUAAUGAGUCGAGGGUGUUGUAUCUCGAAUUAAGUACACCGCCGUCUAACGCAAAGCAAUACUUGGCUUUUCAAAGUGAAUUUUUGGCUUUGACUGUUGCUCAGGAACCAUUACCAGUUGACAUUGCAAGUGAUGGCACCGUUACUUUCCCUAGGUCGGAACUACUCUAUGCUGCAAAAAGUGUUAGUGACCCAUACAGGCAUUCCGAAGAAGUAUAUGCAGUUGUCAACUCCAUUCACGAUGGUGCAAUUCCAAUAGGACUCAGAGCUGAAUUUGAAGAACCAGAUGACGAGCACACUAACCCAGUUGAGCCUGAAAGUUCCGAUUCCGAAAAACUUGACGAUAAGACCAGUGAGGGGGCUGGUGACAAGACCAGUGAGGGGACUGGUGACAAGACCAGUGAUAAGACCAGUGAUGGUACAAAUGAUAAAAUAAGUGAUGAUACAAGUGACAAGACUAGUGACAAGACUAGUGACAAGACCAGUGAUGGUACUAGUGACAAGACCAGUGAUGGUACUAGUGACAAGACCAGUGAUGGUACUAGUGACAAGACUAGUUCUGGUACUAGUGACAAGACCAGUGAUGGUACUAGUGACAAGACUAGUUCUGGUACAAAUGAUAAAACAAGUGACAAUACCAGUGGUAAGACUAGCAAUACUUCCCAGACUACCAGCAAACCCUCUUCAGCUGAUAAUUCAAAGCCAAAAAGUCCAAAUGACCGUGCAUCCACUGAAAACAUAAGCAAGUCUACUGAUGGAUUAAACUCAACAGGAGGCGAUAGUUCAAAUUCGACUAAUGCUACUCCUCAUACGCCUGUACCAUCACAUACAUUAUCCUCAUCAGCAACACCAGAAACAGGUGCAGCUGGUAGAUAUGGUUUUGUUGCAUCUGUCUUUGCUAUAGCUUUAGGAGCUUUGGGUCUUGUUUUGUAA